AUGGCUUUCGAACUAUCCCCUCUCGAUAGAGAACUAUCUAAUAAAACUAUAAAUGAGAACGGUUUCAGUGUGUAUGUUAGUGGGAAAAUCAAAAUAGAUAGAUCUAUUAAAGAUAUCCGCCAUCCACGUUGUAAAGGGAAACUACAUUCCAGCAACCUUACUACUGCUUCAGUGAUUAUCUCUUUUUUUGAAGAGCAUUGGGAGACUCUCCUACGCACAGUCGCAUCUGUUUUGAAUCGAGCUCCUUCAGGGCUAAUCAAGGAAAUAAUUUUGGUUGAUGAUGGAAGCUCACGAAAAUAUCUGAAAGAUGAACUUGAUAAUCAUCUUGCAACUGCGUAUCCAAGUGGUAUAGUACGUGUAAUUCACCUGGAACAGAGGGGAGGUCUUAUUCGAGCGAAAACAGCGGGCGCCAGAGAAGCUACUGGGGAAGUGCUCAUUUUUCUGGAUUCUCAUUGUGAAGCAGGAAUAAACUGGCUUCCGCCGCUGCUUGAUCCAAUUGCUGCGAACUACAAGACUGUUGUUUGUCCAUUUAUUGAUAUAAUAGAUGCAAAUACCUUUGAAUAUCGUGCUCAAGAUGAAGGGGCUCGAGGAGCAUUUGACUGGGAGUUGUACUAUAAGCGCCUUCCACGAUUACCAGAAGAUAGAUAUCAUCCUGAUGAGCCUUUUGACAGUCCAGUGAUGGCAGGAGGUCUGUUUGCCAUCAGUGCGAAAUGGUUUUGGGAACUUGGAGGCUAUGAUCCUGGUCUUGUUAUUUGGGGUGGAGAGCAAUACGAGUUGUCAUUCAAGAUUUGGAUGUGUGGAGGGCGUAUGAUUGAUGCCCCGUGUUCUAGAAUAGAUCAUAUAUAUCGUAAAAACUCAACUAACUUUCCGAAAGCAGAAUUCGGGGAUUUUGUUGGUCGGAAUUACAAGUGAGUGAAACAGUUGUAUUAUUUUACUGACUAUCUAGAACAUCGUCUACGGUAUUUUCCGUCGAAUUUUCAAGUUUAUUUCUAACAUUCGAUAACAUUACAGUUUAAGACAAAGUACACUGAUGUGUACAAAAUCGACAUAUAUUUUACUUCGCUCCUUGAAUUUUUUAGUGUAAUUUUGACCGCACAUUUAUGAUUCGCGUACUCAAUUAAAACCUAGGAAAAUUUCUUUACUGGAGUUCAGAUUCAUGCAUUUUCUAUGAGAAGUGAUGACACUACCUAACUCCUCAGUGAUAUAUGUUGGCGAAAUCCAUACUUUCAGCUUAAUAGUGGCAAAACCAGCAUCCCUCUAAUUUU